GAGUAUCUUCGCUGUUUGUAGGCCCUUCAAAAAUUUGAAUUUUUCACUUAUUGGUAUGAAAUGAUUAUAAUCAUCAAAUUAUAAUUAAACCUUGGUCCCAAGGUUGGAUAUCUGGACAAAAAUCCCCAACUCUCGAUUUACUAAUUCCGAAUUGUUGUGAGGCACAGCGAGAAAAAGAGCUCAUCCAACCUGCUGGCUUACUGUGCUCCGGUCUUGAGAUGUACUAGGCUCUUGACAUCAUUCAUAAAUAAGAAAACUAUUUCGAUUCAGAGGGAACGAACUCUAUCAUCCAAACACUACUUUCACUUUUCCUACAUAAACUGAUUUCACGAAAUAGCGCUCAGCAAAGAUGUCUGGUAUAAAAGUGUUGAUUCCCAUGUCGGAUUACGGCCAUGACCCAACAGAAACCGCAAUCCCAUACGCUACUUUCACCAAAGCCGGUUUCACCGUGCACUUCGCCACCGAAAGCGGUGCCAUCCCUGCCUGCGAUCGCAAAAUGCUAGAGGGAAUCACUCAGAAGCUACUGGGCGCGAGCCAAAACGCAGUCAACGCCUACAAAGACAUGAUCCAGACGAAGGAAUUCACAAACCCUCUAUCCUGGUCCUCUGAUUCUUUCUCUCUCGACCCUUAUGAUCUCGUGUUUUUGCCUGGCGGCCACGAGAAAGGCGUGCGUCAAUUGAUUGAUUCGGAUAUUAUGCACCGGCAUUUGGUGUCUUAUUGGAAAGGAGUUGAGAAGCCUGGAAAGAAACACGUUGGGGCUGUUUGUCACGGUGUUAUGGUUUUAAGUGAAACUUUGACGGCGGAGAAUAUAUCUAUUAUUCAUGGCUGCGAUACGACGGCUCUUCCGGGUAUGUUUGAGGGGGCGGCUUAUUGGACUACUAGAUGGGCCUUGGGAGAUUAUUAUAAAACUUAUGGAGCGGGGAGUGAGAAUGUGGAGACGAGUGUCAGGAAGAGGUUGGAUGAUCCGGAGAAGCAGUGGAAACAUUAUCUUGGGUUGCAGCCAUUUUUGGUAGAAGAUGAGAAGUAUAAUUACAUUAGUGGGAGGUGGCCUGGAGAUGUCCCGUUAUUGGCGGACAGGAUUGUGGAAUUGGUUAAGAAGAAUACAGAUAAUUGAGUUGUGACAUAGUUUGGAAUGGAAUGAAUUCAUGUGUUCUUUUUUUGUCGUAUUGGAAAUUUCAAUGAGCAAAUGUUAUCCACCUAGAGCUAGCUAGUAUAAAUUUGAUAUGGUUCGAAGCAUUGGAAUGAUCAGCAGGUACUACUAUAAGUGCA